AUGCGGCUCCAGGGGAAAAUGCAGGACCUCCCACAGGGUGCCAGCCAUCGUCGCGCGCACGCGCCCCAGCUGCAGCUCGCCAAAUCGGGGCACCCACACAAUGGCAAAACUGCACCAGACGCGAAUCACGAGAGGGAAACGCCACCUCAGCAGGAGAAGUGUACCAGGGAGGGCCUCAACCACCAUCACGCGGGCGACAGGGCCACGAGAACUCCCAGGGAUCAACAGUCGGACUACGGGGUGCCGAAGGCGCUAAACAGUGAGGAGGAGGAGAGGGGAGGGGAGAAGAGACCGGCGGUGGCAGUGACUGGGGCUCCACAGGGCGCGGUGGGGGCGGCGGUGGUGGCACCGCCGGUGGUGGCAAGGGCGGCUGAGACCGAGGCGGAGCUUAUGGAGGACACAAGGAGGCCUGAGACGGCUGAGAGGAGGCCCCUGAGGUGGAGGAACCCGCGGCAGAGGAACCGGCGACAGAGAAGGCGGCUGAGGCGUAGGAGGCGGCUGAAGCUGCGGAGGCUGAGAGGCGGGCGGCGGCAGAGAAGGACUCGGCAAACGCUGAGAUGGGUGCAGCUGGGUCUGCGGGUUGGAUGGAGGCAGCGGCGCAGAAGGAGGCAUUGCACCGCGUGA